CAGAUGCUUCACAGCCCCAGCAGGACGCAGCUGCGCUGGAGGCCAGCAUGCCGGACAGCAGAGAAGGCCCGCAGGAGGCUGCAGCCCGACCCAGCAUGGGGGGCACGCAGGGAAGCGGGAGCUCCGGAGCCAGCUUCCUGACCGACAAGCAGCCGCUCUCCACAGAGUCUCUGGGCCAGGCUGCCACGCAGGCAGCCCCGCUGAAGGCCCAGGAUGGCCCGCUGGCCCCUCCAGAGGCAGCGCUGUGGACGACGCAGGCCGAUGGGCGGGUGCAGCUGCGCCUGGACCCCAGCUGCCCGCAGCAGCCCUGCACGGUGCAUGCCAUGUUCUCCGAGACGCUGGCCAAGUAUGGCGAGUUCCGUGCGCUGGGCGUCAAGCGCCAGGGCCAGUGGCAUCACAUCUCCUACACGCAGUACUACAUGUUGGCCCGCAGGGCGGCCCGGGGCUUCCUGAAGCUGGGGCUGGAGCGGGCCCACAGUGUGGCCAUUCUUGGCUUCAACUCCCCAGAGUGGUUCUUCUCUGCAGUGGGCACGGUGUUCGCCGGGGGCAUUGUCACGGGCAUCUACACCACCAGCUCCCCUGAGGCCUGCCAGUACAUCGCCCAUGAUAGUUGUGCCAAUGUGCUUGUGGUCGACACACAGAAACAGCUGGAAAAGAUUCUGAAGAUCUGGAAAAACCUGCCCCACCUGAAGGCUGUUGUGAUCUAUCGAGAACCUCCACCGCCAAAGCUGGCCAACGUUUACACGAUGGAGGAGCUCCUGGAGCUGGGCAGUGACAUGCCUGAAGCAACACUGGACACCAUCCUCCAGGCCCAGCGACCCGACCAGUGCUGUGUGCUCGUCUACACGUCAGGCACCACCGGGCCCCCCAAGGGGGUGAUGCUGAGUCAGGACAAUAUCACGUGGACGGCACGGUAUGGCAGCCAGGCAGGUGACAUCCAGCCAGCAGAAGUCCAGCAGGAAGUGGUGGUCAGCUAUCUGCCUCUCAGCCACAUCGCCGCCCAGAUCUAUGACCUGUGGACCGGCAUCCAGUGGGGGGCCCAGGUCUGCUUUGCGGAGCCUGAUGCCCUGAAGGGGAGCCUGGUGAACACGCUGCGGGAGGUGGAGCCCACGUCCCACAUGGGGGUGCCACGCGUCUGGGAGAAGAUCAUGGAGCGCAUCCAGGAGGUGGCAGCUCAGUCUGGCUUCAUCCGGCGCAAGAUGCUGUUAUGGGCCAUGGCUGUGACCUUGGAACAGAAUCUCAGCUGCCCAGGAAGAGACCUGAAACCCCUGGCCACCAGGCUGGCCGACUACCUGGUGCUGGCCAAGGUGCGCCAGGCCCUGGGCUUCGCCAAGUGCCGGAAGAGCUUCUACGGGGCGGCGCCCAUGACCGCGGAGACGCAGCGCUUCUUCCUGGGCCUCAACAUGCGCCUGUACGCGGGCUACGGGCUCAGCGAGACCUCGGGGCCGCACUUCAUGUCCAGCCCCUACAACUACCGCCUCUACAGCUCCGGCAGGCUGGUGCCCGGCUGCCGGGUGAAGCUGCUCAACCCCGACGCGUCGGGCGUGGGCGAGAUCUGCCUGUGGGGCCGCACCGUCUUCAUGGGCUACCUCAACAUGGAGGCCCGCACGCGCGACGCCAUCGACGCCGACGGCUGGCUGCACACGGGCGACAUGGGCCGCCUGGACAGCGACGGCUUCCUCUACAUCACCGGGCGGCUCAAGGAGUUGAUCAUCACUGCGGGAGGGGAGAAUGUGGCACCUGUGCCCAUCGAGGAGGCAGUGAAGACGGAGGUGCCUAUCAUCAGCAAUGCUAUGCUCAUUGGGGACCAGAGGAAGUUCUUGUCCAUGCUAGUCACCUUGAAGUGCACACUGGACCCAGACACAUCGGACCCCACCGACAAGCUGACAGACCAGGCUGUGGAGUUCUGCCAGAAGGUGGGCAGUCGGGCCACCACAGUGUCGGAGAUCGUGGGCAUGCAGGACACCGCCAUAUACCAGGCCAUUGAGGAGGGGAUCCGCCGUGUGAACGCCAGGGCAGCGGCCCGACCCUACCACAUCCAGAAGUGGGCCAUUCUCCAAAGAGACUUCUCCAUUUCAGGGGGAGAACUGGGGCCCACAAUGAAGCUGAAGCGGCUCAUAGUUCUGGAGAAGUACAAGGACAUCAUCGACUCCUUCUACCGGGAGCAGAAGCAGUGACGUGUGGGGGCAGUACACGCUGGUCCAGCAGGUUCCCGUCCAGGGUCAAUACCAGAGCCAGCACCUACAGUGGCCAGAUUGGGUACUGACCC